AUGCAUCGCAUCUCGGAGUUUGCGGGCACCCCGGAGUUUGCGGGUACAAAGCUUAUCAACUACAAGGGUCGAGAAUCCUUGAACGCAUACUAUGAGCUUGCCAGUGAAGCCUACUACACCGGUGCGUACGACGUACCGGUGGAGGUAGAAAAUAAAUCGGCCACAUGUACGUGGGGCGAUUGUUUCGAAGAGCCCGACUGGCCCACAGGCACUCGCAAACGGCGUCGCGUAGACCCCACGUUCUACGGACAUCCAAAAACACGGGAACAAAUUUGGGAGCGUAAUUUUGCACACGUUAUCAUGGACAACCGCCAAACCCUUUCACUGGUUACGCUUCUCAACAAGAUAAUCCUGAAGUAUCUCUACAGCUGCAUACCGAUCGUACUGUACGACACGUACGUAGCCACUACGGAAAACUAUAUUCUCGAGGCACUGUUUAGCGAGUUUCCCACAACUUACAUUACGGGGCGUAUCGGUCCAAACUACACGCUAGACAAUCCAGGAAUUUUGGAACCGUUCGGUCCUCAGUGUCGUAGCUACAUCAUCUUCCUGUCGGAUGUUAUGAUGACGCGUAAGGUGAUUGGCCCGCAGUUGACCAGCUACGUCGUGUUGAUACCCCGUUCGAGCCAGUGGAAGCUGCAAGAGUUUCUGGCAGCGAAGCAAUCCCGCGAUAUCAUUAAUUUGCUCGUAAUUGGCGAAUCGUACUCGGUGGAUAAACGCAUCAACAACGAACAACCGUACGUACUGUACACGCACGAGCUGUACAUCGACGGGUUGGGUGCGAAUAGACCACAGGUGCUUACCUCCUGGAUUGGGAACAAGUUCUCACGCAACAAUGUCAAUCUGUUUCCGAAGAAGUUGCGGAAAGGUUUCUCCGGACACAGGUUCACGGUGAUGGCCGCUCAUCAGCCACCGUUCAUGAUCAAACGCCUAUCCACUGAUGGUGUGGGCAAUGUGAAUAUACGGUGGGAAGGGCUCGAAAUUCGGUUGAUGCGUGUUUUGGCCCAAUAUCUUAACUUUACCUACGACAUUGUUGAGCCUCCGGGUGAUGCAGUUGUGGAUGAGAUACAGCGUCAACAGGCUGAUCUUGGCCUGGCCGGUAUAUACGUGACCAUCGAACGUAAUCUUGCCACUGAGAUGUCGGUAUCACACUCAACUGACUGUGCAGCCUUUUUAACACUGAUGUCCAGUGCCCUGCCAAGAUAUCGUGCCAUCCUAGGACCUUUUCAGUGGCCAGUAUGGGUGGCGGUGAUCCUCAUUUAUCUGUUAGCCAUUUUUCCACUCGCUUUUUCCGACAAAAUGACCCUACGCCAUCUGCUCGGUAACUGGAGUGAAAUCGAGAACAUGUUUUGGUACGUGUUCGGUACGUUCACUAACAGUCUCACUUUUCAGGGAGAGAACUCGUGGAGCAAUACGAAAAAGACAUCGACUCGUAUGCUGAUUGGAAUCUAUUGGGUGUUUACGAUCAUUAUUACCGCUUGCUAUACUGGAUCGAUCAUUGCAUUCAUCACACUUCCGGUCGAGCCCGAACGUGUCGAUGGUGUCGAUCAGUUAAGCCGAGGUUUCUAUCGUGUCGGUACACUUGAUCGUGGUGGUUGGGAGCGUUGGUUCCUUAACUCAAGCCACAAGCAGACGAACAAGUUGCUGAAAGAUCUACGAUUUGUAAGCAGCGUCGACGAGGGCAUCAAGAAUGUCACCGAAGCAUUCCUUAUUUCGUAUGCCUUUAUUGGGUCAAAAAACGAACUAGAGUUCUUGAUUCAAUCAAACCUAUCACACCAAUUUCAUAACAAACGGUACGGUCUACACGUAAGCCGCGAGUGCUUUGCCCUGUACGGUGUGUCGAUGGUGUUCCCACCCAAAUCUGUACAUCGUAAUCCUAUAAACAAUGCGAUCCUUUACAUGCAAGCAGCCGGUCUCAUCAGCAAACUCGACAAAGACGUAACAUGGGAAACGGUCAAAACGAAAGAUGGGCACUAUAGAGAAGCGUCUGUCGGUGAUGUUUUAAGAACUACAGCUCCGUCUGAGCGUGGCCUUACACUUGCCGACACUGAGGGAAUGUUUCUGUUGAUGCUAUUUGGAUACGUUGUGGCGCUAGGGGUGCUCAUCUCCGAAUGGGUCGGCGGAUGUACCAACAAGUGUCGUGAGGUGCUGAAGGAAAGGGCCGAGCGUUUGAAGGCGGCUGCAGCGGAAAUUGCUGCAGCCGCCAACGAAAGCGGUACGUCCUCUAUUCCUGCAUCCUCUCGUUCAUCCGCUAAUGAAAACUCAUUACGAAAACGAACCGGUGUAAAUGGUACCGAGAGAUCCCUCCCUGUGAGCAAUAAUGGUUCAGCAAAUGUUCGUCGAAUCAGACUAACGGCAGAAGAUCCUCACCAUGAUUCGGAGCUCAACGACAACGAUGCACCGAUGGAAGGUGGUAGCGAAGGGUCUUCAUUGCACCGUCACAGUCUCUCCGAAUGUUUAUCGGAGGUAAGUUCGCACACGAUGCAGGAACUGUACAAUGGACCCGAUCGACGGCAUUCGACGAUCGUCUUCCUGGAUGGACAGCUGAUGUCGGAAGAUGAAGCUAAACGGAAAGUUGCUCGCAGUAAAUCAAGACAUAGGCAUAGUUUAAGUUCUGUCUUGGAACGAGAAGUAGGGCAGCUGUUCCGGUUCUUGAGCAAGGAUACACCGCAGGAUUCACCGCAGGAUACACGAAAAGAAGGCGAACGAAUGGAAGUGAAGGUGGCGGUCGAGAUCAAUACUCCAGCAACUGUUGAAGGGCAACAGUUACCGACUGUGACGGGUCGUCGUAGCAUUGAAGCCACAUUUGGAGAAAAGUUAUAA